AUGAUGAAGCUGAAGGGACGAGAAGUCCCGUUGAUAGGGAGAACACCAAGACACCGGAUUCCCCGAAGAACUGGAUUGACCAGGCCUUUGGAUGACCGCAGUACCAUGAGAAAUAAGUUUCAAUUUCUCGCAGCAAUACCGAUGGCGUUUCUAUGCAUUAGCAGCAUUGCGACGGUGGCCACAGCACAGCACAGCACAGCAUUAGUAUCUUCUUGUGUUUAUGAUCGUAGCAUGAAUUGGACAUACUUUGCUUCUCAUGCCUUCGUGGCAACCGCGACAACCUUUGCCGACGCUUCUGCGCGAACUUCAGCCCAUACACAUUCGAGCUGUCCUGCACUGGGCACACGAUACUGUAAGCGGCUCCUGCUCGCGGCGCCCUUCAGUGUAGCCAUUGCUGCCCGACACUUCAGCGAGCCUCCUCACAGCGCCACGGCAUUUCACGACCGCUCCCCGACAAUAGCCCCCUGCACAAUUGUGCAUUUGCUCGAUGGCUGGGGCUCAAGCUUCAACUCUUCUCUUCCUUGCGACAUCAUUCACGAUUCUGUUGAAUUGCGCCUCACCCGCGUACUCAGCGCUUGCUGUAAUAUGGCAUACGCGUCUCCAUUGGCCACCUUCUGGUUGUCAUCUGUUCACGCAGCAGCUUCGCCUUCGCCGAUGACGCGGCUACUUCCCAAUUAUGACGCCUACUUCCUAAUUGUUCCUGUUGUAGCCGGUGCAAGACGAGCUCGAUGGGCAUCCUUUAAGUAUCUGGUCAAUCUCUUCCUUCUUCCUGUUUCUUCUUCACCAGAAGCACUCAAGACACACGACACUCUACCAAACACACACCAGCAAGCCUUUGGCACCACGCUUUCGACACACAACAGCACUGAACAGCGACAAGCACAGCACACAAGACUAACACUCAGCUCUCUCAUCACCACAACGCAGCAAGCAGGUCUUGCCGCCAGCACAUUUCCUCCUCUCUACUACAUUCCAACCCUACAGCCAGUCAUCAGUCUCUUUACAGUCAGUCCUCUACAUCCAGCAGUCAAGAUGUCCGCCGUCACCAAGCAGACCAAGACUUCUACCACCGUCAUCCCAUGGAAGUGCAGCGACCGCCUUUGCAACAGCGGCCAGACUUACCAGAACCGCAACGAAGUCGGCAGAAAAGUUGUCUCAGACUUCUUUGGACGCAACAAGAACGCCACCAAGGCCAUCGACGACGACGUCUGGCACUGGCAGUGCCGCAAAGGCUACCAACGCGCCAAGUAUGCCGCCGACAAGGGCUCCGCCAUUGAUCAGAAGACUUUCUACAUGACACACCUGCGUGAUCAGCUCAUUCGCAUCAAGCUCUGGCGACCCGAGGCCACCUUCACCAUCCAGCUCUCCAAACCAGCCAAGACGCGUCUCGACCGCUACCACAGCAUUCUCCGCCGUAAUGGCAACGACAUUCAAGACGCCACCAACCAGAUCGCCGUCCCAGCCAAGGCCGGCAAGUCCUCCAAGCCUCUCGCCCUUGCCCUCGCAGACGGCGUCAAGCCAGAUCAUGCAGAGCACAUCGACUCCAACUUCUCCGGCCAAGGCAGAGCCACCGACUUCAUCCUCGAUACCAUCUUCCCAUGGAUCGAGCAAGAAUUCUCCUCCGGCGCAAUGACUGUGAUGCCUCCAGUCGAGUUCCUCAUCAACGAGCCGCAGCCUGGCGAGGUCACGACCGACCCAGCGACGAACUACGAACGCUGGACCGCUCUGCUGGACGGUGCGGUCUACGGCACCGACGCCAACUCCAAGAAGCGCAAAGCUUCUCAAGACGAUGGAGCUCCUGCUGCCGCCGCCGCCACCACUCCCAAGCGCCGACGCCUGAUCCUCAAGGUCUCGCCUCCCUCUCCCGCUGUCUCGCCGCGGUCACGACCGCCAAUCAAGCUCUCGCUCAAGAAGCCUGCUGCGCGCCUGCCUCCGGCUCCAGAGCCGUUUGUCGACCCUUUCGCUCUCGAGCGUGAGAGAGAUGAGGCUGCAGCUCGUGAGCUGCUCAGGCUGAGAGAGGAGAAGCCGCUGCCUCGCUUGGUGCGGCCAGGUGACUCCUUGCCGCUCUACGUCCCGCCGCCCCCGCCAGUUCCCGGUGGUGGGCGUGCGGCACUGCGAGCGAGGCUGCGGAUGAGAGAGGAGGAGAGUGGUGAGGAGAGUGGCGAUGGUGGGGACCUCGCCGGCCCCAUCAUGAGCCGAGGUAUGGUGUUCGCGGCGGCGAAGGGCAAGAAGAAGAUGGUGGGUGAGAGGUGGCGGGUAAGGUUUUGGCUUAUGAACUUGGCGUUUAUGUAUGGAGUUGUGAAUCGAUUUUUGGACUUUGGGCGUGAUGUGUGUCGUCUCACCUUUCUCUGCUGUAUUUUGAUGUUGAGUCUGAUUCGUGAUAGAUGCUGUGCAACUGAUUUCUGUAGACAGGUCUUGACAUGGUUCUUUUCUCACCUUUCUUCUCUUUUCAAGCUAGACAUCGACUAUGGCUUGAAGAGAAUCCCUAUGGAACUCUAA